AUGAGUUCAGCAGGAACUACAUUCCCCGGGAGAACCUGGGUAUCGUCAAAACCGCCGAAUUUUGUGACGCAUCCCAACUUCAGGACAACGGCUGACAACCAGCUGACGCCAAGUCCGGAUCUAUAUGAAGAGCCCUCCUCAACUGUCAAAUAUGACCCGGAAAGACCUGGUGGUACCAUCUUCACAGGGCGGACACUGAACACAUUUAAAAAGAAAACUAAACAGUCUGGAAUACUCAAGAACGGUGAGGGCCAAAAUAAGCGCCAGGCUCCACCGGUCAGAUUUAUUGACGAUGAAGACAAUAUUGGCCGAGAAGUUGUUACGACAACAGUAGGUAGCCUAACCAUAAAAACUGCAAAAUCGUACGAAGCCUUGAUUGCAGAGAGGGAUGCUUUGCUAGAAUCAGAUGGUGCGUACAGAAGGAGAAUAAACCAACUAGAAGACGAAAAUACAAAAAUAUUGCUUGAUUACGAAGGCGUCUACAAGGAAAACAACAUUUUACGCGAGAAGCUGGAUAAAGGCGAUGACAGUCAUAUUGAAUCAUAUCAACGAGUUUAUGAUGAUCGCCAGAUAUUGCGUGAGGCAGAAACAGCAUAUAAACGAAGGAUAAACCAACUCGAACACGAUGCAAAAGAAAUGCUUACAAAUUUUGAGUCACUGUAUUCUGAAAACAAGGUGCUUAGAGACAAAUCUCGAAAGCUCGAAGAUAGAUUAAAUUCCAUUGAUAGACUAGACGAAGUAAAAAAGAUGAAUGAACUGGAGAAAAAAGUUAAGUCGCUUGAAAAAACUGUUAGAACUAUGGGAUAUGAACGGGAAGAAUUGGUUAAAGAAAACAGAGAAAUUGAAAACCAAAAAUACAAGUUAAGAGAAGACAUUGCCGAUUUGCAGAAACGGAAUUCACUGUUAGAAAGAGAAAAUGAGGGUUUUAAAAGAGGGUUUAUGGCAUUAGGUCAAAAUGCCGAAAACAGAUGGAAAGAUGAAAUCAAAGAAAAAACUCGACGUCAGCAAGAAGAAGAGAGGCUUAUUCGAGAAGAACAUGCUCAGUUCAAGAAAGAUAUUGAAGGAUUUAAUAAAGAAAUACAUAACCUCGAAAAAAUUAAUAUCGAGCUUAAAACACGAAAUGAUAUGCUGCAAGGAGACAAAGAUGACUUUGAAAAAAGGUUGUUUGAAAUGGCACGCGAAUCUGGCAAACGAACACCAUCGGCAGUGAAACGCCAGGAAGCUGAGAAAAAUAACGCGAAAGACAAAAAAAUUGAGGAACUUCAAAUAAAUGUAAAUGAAUUGAAGGAACAAAAUGUAAAACUUCAAACUAAAACGGAAGUCUUGGAAAAGGAAAAAGAAACAUUCGAUCAGCGAAUGGAAGAAGCCAAAAAGCAACCACGAGAAACAGCUUCCUCCAUUCGUCGUAAAAUGGAAACGGAACGGGAAAUACGCGAUUUGAAUAUGCAUGUUGAAAAUUUUAAAGAAAAAGCCAAACGUCUUGAGGUCGAAAAUGAAGAAUUGAAAGAGGAUGUUAAGAAACUGGAGGUUGAAACUAAAGCACAGCGACAGGCAGCUAAUGCUAUGGCUACAAAUCAAGCCAAUCAAAUGGAUACGCAAGUAAAGUCCCUGAAUGAAACAAUAAUUAAAAUGAACAACGAAAUAAAAGUCCUUACAGAAGAUAAUUUGAAACUGAAAACCGAUUAUAAUGUACUCGAAGAAAAAUUCGAAGAACAACUUGAAGCGAUUAAACUGGAAAAGAAAUAUCUUUUAGAAGAAAAACAGAAUCUUCAAAAACAUAUCGAAAGUUCAUCGAGCAAUGCAAAUUCUACAAUUAAGGAUCUGCAGGACACAUUAAACAGCUUACAAGUAGAAUUACAAUUACUAAAACCAAAACACAAUGACCUUAUUAAGGCAUAUGAAGACAAAAAAGCCGAAAAUAAAUCUCUUUCCGACCAAUUAGAUAAUAAAAACAAUGAACUUGAGCAGCUGAAGGAAAAUAUCAGGAACAAUAAAGACGUGUACAAUGAACUUUCUAAAGUAAGAAGAGAGAACGCAGAUUUGAAACGAGAAAUCCAAACGCAGGCUGAAAAGUUUAAAGCAGAGCAACUCAAGCAAGAAGCGGAUCUUGAGGAACUUUUAAAAAAUCAAGAAUUUAUGAACACUGCGUUAGCAGAACAUAAAGUAAGACUGGACAUGUUGCAACAAGAGAAAAACGAUUUAAAGUCUGAAAAUGUAAGACUUAUCAAAUCAAAUGAACGACAGGCAAAAACAAUUGCAGACUUAGAAGUUGAUAUCACUAAAACUGCCGGCGACGGUUCAACAAAACAAAAAGCGUUGGAAACAGAGUUAGAAGAGCUUAAGAAAGAAUAUAAGAAAAACGAGAAGGAACUUUUUGAAGCGAAGCAAGAAAAUCAGAUAGCCAAAAAUGAGAGGGAAAACCAAGUUAACAAACUUAUGAAGCAACUUGACAAAUUAAAAACUGAAAGAGAAACUGAAACCGCACAGCUGAAAGAACAAAGUGAUUCUCUGAAAUCAGAAGUUGCAAGAUUAAAAAUAUUUGAAGAAAAGAUCAGUUCAAUGGAAAGUAAUUUACACGAAUUGGUGUCAAAACUAAGAGAAACGGAAGAUAGGAACAAACAGCUAACGAACGAAAAACUUGCAAGUCUUCAUCAAGUUCUUGCAGAGAUGAAAAAUGAAAAUCUCGCGAAUAGACUUCGAGCGGCUGAACGUGAACAAAAUGAAUUGGAAAAGCAUAGAUUGGAACUUGAGAUUAAACAAGAUGCCAUUAAUGAAAUAAGGAAACUCAAAGAUGAAAAUCAUCGACUUAUGGGUCUUCUAGAAGAUAAGCGAGCAGCGGAACAAGCUCAGGAUGAAUGGACGAAAAAAAGAAAUAAAUUUAAUGAAAUAGUGGCACAAAAUGCUCGACUUCAAGACGAGAAUAAACGGUUGUUGAGCUUGUUUGAAAAUAGCCAAGCUGAAAAUAUGAAGAAGGAUUUGCAAGUGAAAACUGAAAAACUGAAACUUAUGGAAACCAAAUUCCAAGAAUACACAGUAGAAAAUGCUAAUUUGAAGAAAGUCAUUCAAGAGAAAGAAAUAGAAAAUAAACGAAUAGGAGAAAAAGCAGACCGAUCACAACAUGUACAACAGGAGAACAAUAAACUCAAACUUGAAAAUCAACGUCUUAGAGAUGAAGGCAUGAAAAAAGAUUCGAUAAUUGCUUCGUUAAAAGAGUUAGAAGUGGCAAAGUCAAAAUAUUUAGAUAGUGCUGCAAACAACCAACGACUUUACGAAGAAAAUAUGCGCCUUAGGGAAACUAUAGAGAAAUCCAAAGAUUACAAGAGUGAAUUUCAGAAAGUAAAAGAAAAGGAGAAAAAAGAUGCAGUUGAGACUUCUAGAUACGCAGAGGAAAUCACUUUAUUGAAAAAUACAAUUCAGGUAAAAGAAACAGAGUUACGACGUGAAAUCGAACUUCAGAAAGACAGAGCAUCGAAUUUACAAAUUCGAAACAAAAGAUUGGUAGAAGAAUUAGGGCAGCUGAAAGCUGAUUUGCUUAAAAAGGAUGAUCUCAUAAUUAAACUUCGGGAACUAGAAAACGUUAGCAAAAAGAUGCACGAUGCAACCUCAGAUGCAGCAAGAUUGUAUGACGAGAACCAACGUUUGCGUAACCUCUUAGAAAACCAACAAAACAGUGGCUGGAAGAGUAAUUUCCAAAAUGCCAAGUCUUUAUCAGCUGAUAAGAAACAAAGAAAAUUGGCUACUGCAAUUUAUGUCGAAUCGGCCAGAGAAAAAGGAUCAUCUGAGAGAAGAGAUAAGCUUUUAAAGGAGCGCGCAAUACCGGAGCAUGAAGUGCUCUCCACAUCCUCGACCCCAAGUGACCCGGGCCAGGUCGGCAGCAAGAUGAAGAUUAAGCCUCUUCUCCCGGACAUCAAAAAGGAAGGAACAGGGCUUCUUACGGGUCUCAGCUAUCAGGAAUUACAUGCAAAAACACAGAACCUUAAGGGCCAAAAGUUAAUCGACGAGUUAGAGAGGGAUGCUCUUGAGGUAAGGUCAAAGCUUGUUAAAAAGGAAAGUGAUAUCAGAAAACUGAAAGAAAAACUGGAGGAACAAGAGCCAGAAAUAAGACAGUUGGUUGAAGACAAGGAAACAUUGAAGGCUGAAAUUGCAAGACUUAAGAAAGAGCUUGAAGUUAAAGCAAUAGGUGACAGUAUGUCUCGUUCACUCCAGCUGCAGGAGCAAAAUCGGCGUCUGGAUGCAGAAAACCAACGUCUUCGGGAAGAGAUUAGUGUAAGGGAUAUUGAACUGGCCAACCGCGGAGCACCUGGUUACCAAAUGGCCAAUUUCAUUGACGGGAGAACUGACAAAACCACGGAAGAAAAGCUUAAGAUAAGCAUUGCAGAAAACAGGAGACUUUUGGAAGAAAACAAUCGACUUAGAGCAGCGCUUGACGAAACACACACACAAGAUACCGGUAGUCGUUUCGCACAACCAUCUGUUACUGGUUCUAUGAUAGAAGGAUUUAAAACUGCCAAGACGGACAAGACAACAUGGGCGUCAACAAGAAGCACUAAACACAGAAAAGGCGAACCGCGAUCUCGAAUCAACGAAACUGACGAAAUGAAGAUGUUGAAAAUAGAGGAGAUAGAGCCAGCUUAAAUUUUAAUACUAAUAUUUGAAUGUGUUAUAAUUAUAAUAUAAAAUCAUAUUUAUUUAAUGUGUUUAUUUAUUCUUACAUUUGUUUUCUAUUAGUUAUGUUUAUUUUGGAAAAUGAUGGCAAUA